UGUAUAGGUGCUGUUAUUAUAUUUCCUAAAUUAGUAUUUCAGCUUUGUAUAUAUGGCUGAUGUAUUGUAACAUAAUUCUAAGAAAUAAAAUCAUUUCAACCCUAAUAUUUGAGAUGGUAUCAGAGCUCUCAAGUUCUGGGAGCCGCCUCUGACUGCGCAAACCAAAACCCUAGAAGACAGCCUUCAUUGCUGUCAAUCAUCCCUUUCAAGGCAGCCUUCAUUGCUGUUGAUCAUCCCUUUCAGAGCAGCCUUCAUUGCUGUCGUGAUUGUUCCUUAGUUGCUGUCCCGAAUACAUUCCCAUUGCAAUACGUUCACUGUACUGCUGCUGCCAUGGGAGAACCAAUUGAAGAAAUAGUGGAUAUUGAGUCAAGGAACAUUGACUCUGGGGAUAAUAAAUCCCAAACUCAUGGAGAGCUGCAGAACCUCUACACUGCCUACAGAUUGAAUGGGCAGAAUUACUUGAAAUGGCCCCAGCUUGUUCUUAGAACUUUGAAAGGUAAAGGGAAAGCUAGCCACUUGACUGAAGAUGCCCCUAAAGAGGAAGAUCCCAAAUUUACAAAAUGGGAUGAAGAGGACUCUAUGAUCAUGGCAUGGCUAUGGAACUCAAUGAUCCCAGAGAUCACUGAUACUUGCAUGUUUCUUAAUUCUGCAAAGGAGAUUUGGAAUGCUAUGGAGCAGACAUACUCCAAAGCUAAAGAUGCUGCUCAAAUAUAUGAUGUGAAGGUGAAGACUGUGGCAGCAAAACAGGGAAACAAGACCGUUACAGAGUACGCCAAUCAACUCAAAUCAUUGUGGAUGGAGUUAGACCAUUAUAGGGUCAUUAAAGCCAAGUGCUCAGCAGAUUCAGCAGUGCUCAAAGAGUAUAUUGAGCAGGAUAGAGUCUAUGAUUUCCUGGUGGGGCUUAACUCUAAUUUUGAUCAGGUGAGAGUUCAAAUCCUUGGAAAAGAAAAGGUUCCAGGAAUUAGAAGUGAAGAAAGCAGAAGGGGAGUAAUGCUAGAAACCCCAACUGUGGAAAACUCAGCCAUGAUAGCUUUUGGGGCCUCGACCAUGAUGACAAACCAGAAAAAGGGGGGAAUAAGCAAUACAGAGAAGAAAAGUGAAGGAGUGUGGUGUACCUACUGCAACAAGCCUCGCCACACUCGUGACAAAUGUUGGAAGCUGGUUGGAAAGCCACCUAGUAGAGAGUGGGGGCCCCAAAACCGAGACAGGGAGUGGGGAAAAAAAGGAGACAACACAAGAAAGGGAGGACAGGCGCACAUAGCUGCUGGAACCAAUGAAGAAAAUAAAGGAGGUCUGAUUCAACUUAACCAGGAUGAAGUAGAGAAAAUGAGAUCGUUCCUCAGCAAGUUGAAUAAACCAACAGGUACUUGUUCUCUCGCAUGUUCAGGACAAGUACUCGGGGAGGACGAUUGGACAUGCUAGAGAAUGGAAUGACCUUUAUUACUUGGACAACCCGAAUCUGCCUCCAGAUCUACACAACAGCAGCAACUCUUUUUUCGCUGAUUCAAUAAAGACCAAAAGAGAGAAAAUCCUCUUACAUCAUUGUCGUCUUGGACAUCCUUCCUUUAGAGUCAUAAAAUUGUUAUUUCCUUCCCUUUUAACAAAUUAGAAGUGGAGAGUCUUCAUUGUGAAGUGUGUGAGCUUGCUAAACACAAGCGUGUACCUUUUCCCAUUAGUAAUAAUAUGAGCAUGUUUCCCUUCUAUUUAAUUCAUACUGAUGUGUGGGGUCCCUCAAAUGUCCCAAAUGUUUUCGGUGCCCGUUGGUUCCUUACCUUUAUAGAUGAUUGCACUCGGGCUACAUGGAUUUUCUUACUGAAACAAAAGUCCGAAGUCAGCUCCGUGGUUCAGAAUUUUUUCUCAAUGGUAAAGAAUCAGUUUGGUGUUAGCAUUAAGAGGAUUAGAUCUGAUAAUGCCAAAGAUUACUUUAAUCAUGAGCUUAAUUCUUUUCGUCAAAAGGAAGACAUCAUUCAUGAAUC